AUGCGCUACUUCUUCGCCCUCGCUACCCUCAUCACCGCCGCUCUGGCGGUUGCCAUCCCUGAGCCCCAGGGCAAGUGCAACCCCGACUUCAACUGCUGCACUUUCUCCGAGUCGGCGUGCAGCGAGCGCCUCCAGGCGUGCACCAGGACUUGCAACGGCGUCACUACCAAGGGCAUCUGCAACGACUUGGGCGCCGGCUCUCUUACCUGCGAUACCGCUUAG